GAUCGAUAUCCGGGCGCGGGACGGUCACACUCACACUCACAGGUCGGCAUGUUGGUGAACCUUUCUUGUUUAGCUUAGAUUUCACGUUAUUCAUGUCAACGAGAGCUGCAAACAACUUCUCUAAUUGGUAGAAUGUGGACGGACAUUGCAUUCAUUCCCAUUCAGCCGUUGGACUGAACUGGUACUGUAACACAGUAUGGAUGGUCAAUAUGAAGCAAGCUUCAUCGAAUUCCUCCAAGAGCUCUGAACUCUGUUCUGAUCAUUUUGAAGAUGCUUGCUUUGACAGGACUGGGCAAACGAUUCGUCUAAGACAGGAUGCUGUCCCAACCACAUUUAAUUUGCCGCCUCGUCAUCAGAAGAAUGCACACAAACCAGGGAAACCCUCGAAAGAAAGUCAUUUAGAUUCAGCAAACAACCUCCCAGAUACUGCAAAGACACCUGUACCAAAGUCUUCAGCACCUUCCCUGGGACUACUACUCAAUGCCAAAAAUCUAAGAGGGAUGGAGACCAGCAGCAUGGCAGCAGGAGCUAAUGUUGGUCGUGAUGAGGCAUAUACCACCAUCAACAAUGCUGCAAUUGCAGUCACCACCACCAAGUCUGCUUCUGUCACUGCCAUCACCAUUGCCACCGCCAUUACCAAGACCACUCCUGACACAAAGCCCCCAAGUCCUCAACUGACCAGAUAUUGCAGCUGGAGAAGGAUAUACCAGGAACUUCAAAGCCAGGGCUUGCCAGUCUCCUACAAUAAGAAAAAUGCCAUGGGCCCAUCUAAUGAACUAGUAGUAGAAUAUUUGGCCACAGUUGUAGAAAUGCAGAGACUAACAUACUGCCACAGGUGAGGUUUUGUCCACAGUUCCAGAAGGACACAAAAUAGUAUCAGAAAGUCAUGCCAGAAUCAACAACUGAAGGGUUUGAAGAGCCAGAUAAAGAGCCGAGAAAUGUGAUUUUAAAGGUACUUCAAUCACAUGCACAGUAGGAGCAAAAACAGCAGCAAACACACAGGAGAUGUAACACUACAUUGACCAACAGCAACAACUACAGCAGCAUCAACAAUUUCUGCAGGAGAUGCAAAAACCACACUGGCAACCUCAACAACAUCAAGGUGUCCAACAAGCACUCCGGGAACGUUAACAGCAACCACAGCUUCAGCUGGAGUUUCAACAAA